CUCAGAGAUAUAGAACGCAUACAUCGUGGUAAACGAGGAUACCAAGAUGGCCAAGAUUCUAGUGAUCAAGCCCAAACCAGGACGAUUCAAAGCUUUAUUCGCCAAGCUAACGACGAUCAACAAGAAGAAUGGACCGUUCGAUCUGGUGAUCUGUGUCUCUGAUCUCUUCAAAAUUCCCGAAAAUGACGAAGAACAGGAAGAGUUGGACGAUUUGAUUGCCCAGAAUGUCGAGGUUCCUGUUAGGACUUUCGCAAUGCUUGGCUCGUUCAAAUUUCCCCCUAAGGUUCAGGAACUCUUGGAUAAAAAGGAUGGCUCGAUUUGUAAUAACCUCGAAUUAUUGGCCCCCAACAGUAUCCUUACCUUGUCAACGGUGGCUAAUUUACGCAUAGCAAACUUCGGAGGAGUUUACGAACCAACAAACUAUAAUAGUUCGACAGAAGAUCUAGACACUCAAUCGACUACGAAUUACAUCCACUCAGGACAACUAUCGAAUUUUUUAACUAAAAUAAAAUCGAUUUCUACUACGAAUAAUGACAAUCCUGGUAUCGACAUACUCCUGACACAUUCGCUACCUCAGCUAUUGACGGUCAACUCGGAAGUGUCUCCUAAGGAUUACAAUGCGCCCGCCUGGGGAUGUCCUCCGAUCACCGAAGUCCUAAGGGCCGCCCAGCCUCGAUAUCACUUCUCGGGAGGCGCGGUGGCCGAAUUUUGGGAACGUGAACCAUGGCUUUGGGAUCCACCUUCAGCCCCAGUCAAAGCGCCUACAAACGAUUAUCCUAGCAUCACUCGGUUCGUCAAUCUCGGUCAGUUCGGCAACGAGGCUAAAGAAAGGUGGUUUUACGCCUUCAAUAUAGUCUCGAUCUCCGAGGCAAAACCCACGAAACCCCUCAAUGCAACUCCCUCUCCUUACUCCCUCUCAACGCGUCCAAACCAAAAGCGUGGGCUGCCUGCUUUCGGGGAAGACGGGUUUGAUUCGGGGCCUAACUUUAGGUUCGGUGAGAUGGAGCCUAACAAGAAGAAAACUCGGACGGGCGCCCCACCUUCAAAUUAUGUUUGUAAGAUCUGUCAGACUUCGGGACAUUGGAUUCAAGAAUGCCCCGAGAAAGUCGAGAAACCUCGACAACCCAAGGAUGGCUACGUUUGUCGGAUCUGUAAUACACCCGGACAUUUGAUUCAAGAUUGUCCUGAAGCUGCUCAACGCAGUGGUCCUCCUAAGGACGCCUUUCAACCCAAAGAAAUCGGUCCUGAUUCAUGCUGGUUUUGUCUCUCUAAUCCUCAACUGGCAAAACAUCUUAUCGCAUCCAUCGGAUCCGAAACGUAUCUCACCUUACCAAAGGGACAGCUACCAGAUACGACCAACAAUUGUCCCGUACCCGGUGGUGGUCACGUUUUGUUAAUACCGAUUGCGCAUUACCCCAGUCUUCUUGCGCUGCCGUCCGAACUGGCGAUCCCAAUAGUGGCCGAGAUGGAGCACUACAAAUCGGCAUUGAAGCGAUGCUAUGAAGCCUACUCGGCGAGCAUGGUAAGUUUCGAGGUAGCCAAGCUAUCGGGUCGAGGGGCUAGAGCGGGACAUGCGCAUCUGCAAAUAUGUCCGGUGCCCAACGAACUCGCCGAUCAAGUGGAGACGAUGUUCGUCGAGGAGGGCAAGAAACAGGGGAUUGAGCUCGUCGAUGAAGUAGCGUUGAAGGAAAUGAAAGACGAGAUGAAGGAGGCUAUUAGUUAUUUUCGAGUCGGGCUUCCUGAUGGUAAAGGAUUGGUUCAUUUGAUGAAACCCGACGAGAAAUUCAACCUCCAAUUCGGCCGGAUAACUCUUGCUAAUCUGUUGGGAACUCCUGAUCGGGCUAAUUGGAAGACAUGUGAAAGAAGUGAGACAGAUGAGAAGCAAGAUUGUCGGACAUUUCAAAAAGUGUUUGCUGCUUUUGAACCCAAGUUCUAAGACCUUUUCAUCUCUUAAGAUUUUUUUUUACUUUUUGAAACCCCGUUUCUUUCCUCUGAACCACUCAUCUGGACAUCAUUCAUUGGUUUUUUCUUCUUCUCUUGAAUUGAUCACUUUCACCCCCCACUGCUGGAUUUUCUUUUGUCAGUAACUCAGAGGCAAA